GCAGUGUAGAACCAGGUAAAAACAGCCAACCACUUCGAAUCCCCUCCGAGGAGAAAUCACAAUUCACAACACGAUGUUCGGAAUCUCUUACGGCGAACUCUUCCUCUUGCUAGGAGCCACCGCCGCUCUGAUCGGACCAAAAGAUUUGCCUGUGAUAGCGAGGACUGGAGGGAGGCUAGUUGGUCGAGCGGUUGCUUACGUUCAAUUGGCCCGCGGCCAGUUCGAGAGUUUAAUGCAGCAGUCUCAAGCUCGUCAGGUUCACAAGGAGCUUCAAGAUAAGAUGACUCAGCUUGAAACCAUACUUUAUGAGAUCAGAAGCGCUUCUACUUUGAGACCUGGACCAAUGACUCGGAGGAUGAUUGAUGAUCUUGCUGAUCCAUCUGCUGCUGCUGAUGGCAGUGGAGUGGCUGAAACUUCCGGUGUAGUAAAUGUUUCAACAGCUACUGUCUCUCGGAUUUCAAACGACCAAUCUCGUUCUGAGAGUAUAUCCGCAACUACGGUCUCCAAGAUCUAUGCUUCUUCAUUAGUCUCGGAUUCAUCCAAUGUGCACAGCCAAGCAACUGCUUAUGCAAGGUUGGCAGAAUCUGCAGCCGUUAAGGCUAGUUUGGACUCGGAACAGAAGAUUGAUGGUCCAGGUCUCCUUCAUGUUUUGCCUGUUUCGGCUGAAAGUACUGGAAUGCUACCUAAUCGUCAGGAGUACUAUAUUCUUACUGAAGAAGUGUCCCUAUUAAUUGUAAUUGCAGAUAAACUGAAUGGAUCAGACAUUAUGUUGGAAGCUAUAGUAGAGGCCGAGGUGGCUCACAAUGCUAAACGUUUCUUUGCCCAACCUGAAAAUCAAAUAAAGCAAGACGGCGAGGUCGAGAAGAGAUAGAUAUCGUCCGUUUUUUUCCCAAAGCAUGGUGAGGGACUAUGGGUAUGGGAAACUUAUGCAUGUAGGUCAAUGUGAUCAACAUCAGAUGCACGUCAAGCAUUGAAAUAUGAAGUCCUGCAUUAUUAUGAUGUCCUCAGCGAGCUAGCAUGGGCAACCUAACCCAUCUUUGAUAUGUGAAUGGUGGCAAUGCAUAACAGAAGAUUUAACAUCAUCGUUAUGGAGGGUUUUUGGUACAAUAAUGAAGAUGGCUGAUCUUCAAUCGACAGAUUGACAUUUUGAUCUUCUUGGUAAGCACCGGUUUUGUACUAACGGUACUCGAACAAUUUGAGUAUCAGUGUCCAUAUAAGAGUUACUGCAUUACUGCAUCACUGCAUCAUUUAGAUACCCAAAAAUAACUGGAUCACUGACACGGCAUCUCCCCCUUUCUUGGGUUGAUCUGUUUGUAAAGAUGGAGUGGGACGGAACAUGUUAGGUGAAAGAGCAAAUUGGCCGUCAUAUUAAAUUCUGGUGCGUUUACUCAGUGAUGUUAGAAUUCUGUUGACUUUUGUUCUGGUCAAGCAUUUGAUGAUUGCUUGCUGCAUUUGCUUUCCACAGUAUACAAACUAUACAUGUUUAUCUUUGCCUGUUGUUGACUCUGAGAGUGAGAGAGUCUUUUGUGGUGCAUCAGUCGACACACUUUCAGGUGGCAGAAAUUUAGCAGCUGGAGUAUCUGAUUGAUUCAUGAUUAAGGUAAAAGUAUUUAUCAAAAGAAACAAAUUCCAAAUGAGGUUUGGAUGAUAGAGAAAAGGUUAGGUACUUGGUGUACUCGUAUUUAGUUUUCAUUGGAACAUGAAGUUUUAUUUGGCAUUACAAGUUGUAAAACCUUGCUAUUUGCUUAUACGCUC